AUGGCUCCUCCUUUCUUCAACGACAUUUCCAAAGACAUCAACGGGCUUUUGAACCGUGACUUCUACCACGGGACGCCAGCAGCGAUUGACGUCAAGACCACGGCUCCAAAUGGCGUCGGUUUCACAGUCAAGGGUAAAAGCUCGCCAAAGGACGGGUCCGUCAGCGCAAACGUCGAGGCCAAGGUCUCGGACAAGGCCACUGGACUCACGUUGACGCAGGGCUGGUCCUCUGCCAACGCGCUCGACACCAAGAUCGAGUUGGCUGAGCUGACGCCCGGUCUCAAGUCGGAGUUGGUCACUUCUUUCGUGCCCAACGCCUCCAAGGCUGCGAAACUCAACUUGAGCUUCGUCCAGCCCUUCUUCACCGCCAGAGGUGCGUUCGACCUAUUGAAGGGUCCUUCGUUUGUCGGUGACUUGACUUUGGCCCAUGAGGGUUUUGUUGGUGGAGCCGAGGUCGGCUACGACAUCGCUGCCGCCGCCGUAUCGCGCUACGCGGUCGCUUUGGGCUACUCUGCAGGCGUCUACUCUGUCGCUUUGUCCAUCAACAACGCUCAAUUGACCACCGCCUCGUUUUUCCAAAAAGUCAGCCCAUUGCUCGAGGUUGGUGCCAAGGCCAUUAUGAACCCUCAAGCCGGCUCUAACGUCAACAUUGAGUUUGCCUCCAAGUACACUUUGGACCCAACCUCUCAAGUCAAAGCCAAGGUUGCCGACUCUGGUAUCGUUGCUUUGGCCUACAAGCAGGCCUUGAGACCUGGUGUCGACUUGGGUGUUGGUGCUUCCUUCGAUGCCCUCAAGUUGUCCGAGCCCGUGCAUAAGCUUGGCUGGUCCUUGUCGUUCGCUGCUUAA